UGAACGCGACAGGUUGAGAAGAACGCGAAAAACGGGAGUUACGUAAAGUUCGAGAAACGCAAUUCAGUUUCAAAUACAUACAUAUUGAUAAGAAGAAAGGCGCAAGUGUUUUUGGUCCAACAAUGCGAUCAUAUUACGGAAUAUUUUUAAUUUGCAAUUUUUUUGCAUACAUCACAACAGAGGCUGGCGAUUUUGAAAAACUAGUGAUACCGCCCAGCUAUGAUCAGCCUCGCCGCGAUGCAUCGUUGUAUAAUGCCAGCUCGGAUCAUUCAGUAGCCGGCCGCUCCUACUAUGACCAUCAGUCGGAGUGCUCGAUUGGCACCGAAUGCACACCCCUCCAUGAAUGCACGGCUAUGAUUUACGAGGUGGCCAAGAGUUGUUAUUAUGGCGACAAGUCGCUCUACUGCGGCGGUGGCGAGGAGAUGCCUUAUGUCUGCUGUCCCAGCAGUCCACUGGAGAAGAACCAGGUGUGCGGCAAGUCCUUGGUGCAAGGACAUUUUUACAGAGGUCUUGGCUCCUAUCCCUUUGUGGCACGUGUGGGCUUCAAACAUAUAAAUACGGGUGCAUUUGCCUAUCCGUGUGCGGGAGCUGUGAUUGCUCGACGUGUCAUCCUCACAGCCGCCCAUUGUGCUUUGGCCAAAGCCGAUGGCCAUCGACUCUCUUCGGUACGUGUGGGAGAGUACGAUACCUCUAGCGAUCCGGACUGUGCGAACACUGGCUUCUGCGCCCCCCGCUCCGUCAAUCACGCAAUCUCACAUGUGAUCGUCCAUCCAGACUACAAGCAAGGCCAAUAUCAUCAUGACAUCGCGCUCUUGGUUCUCAAAACGCCGCUCAACUACUCGGUGGCCACACAACCGAUCUGCUUGCAGAAGACACGCGCCAACUUGGUGGUGGGGAAACGUGCCACCAUCGCCGGCUGGGGCAAGAUGUCCACGUCGAGCAUUCGCCAGCCGGAGAUGUCGCAUUUGGAUGUGCCGCUCACCAGCUGGGAUCUCUGUUUGCGAAACUACGGUUCGACGGGUGCCCUCGAGUCACCCAACUCGAUCGAGGGCCAGUGGAUGUGUGCCGGUGGCGAGGGUAAGGAUGUCUGCCAGGGAUUCGGUGGUGCGCCUUUAUUCAUACAGGAGAGUGGCAUUUACUCCCAAAUCGGCAUUAUGUCCUUCGGCUCUGACAACUGUGGCGGCCUUCGCAUACCCAGCGUCUACACCUCUGUGGCUCAUUUCGCCGAAUGGAUUCACGAUAAUACUCCACCGGAAUGAGCGAACAUACCAAAUACUGUUAUAAUCUAAGCUUGUACAUUAAACAAACACAUUGUAUUUGACUUAUCUAUAUAUACGUGUAUACUAUGUUCUAAUAUUCAAAACUAUUUAGUUUAGAUACAUAAAAUUCCUCAA